AUGGACCAGCUGACAGAACUUCGGUCUUACAAGAACCUUUUCCGGAACACAAAUUUUAGCAGAUAUUUCAUACCACCAUAUAACUUUUCUGGAGCUGAAGGAAUAUUUCAGGAGUUUACCAGUAAUUUGUAUACUGUUCACCAAUACUCUACUGUUAUAUUACUGACGCUGUACGUACCAAUAUUUAUGGUCGGGCUUUGUGGAAACAUUCUGAUCAUCAUCUCGUCUGUUCGCGAGACAAAACUUAAGAAAACUAAGAAUUUCUUUCUGGCUAAUUUAGCUCUGGCUGAUUUGGCUGUGACUUUAUUCUGUAUGCCGACUACAGUGGGUACCAUCGUCUAUCGACUUUGGAUUUAUGGAAGAUUCUUGUGUAAAUUUACGGCUUUCUUACAAGGUGUGUCAGUUGCUGUCAGCAUUUUCUCCUUGACGGCUAUGAGCGUCGACCGCUACGUGUCCAUACAACAUCCGGUUGCUGCGCGCAGAAUCAUGUCUUCUUCGCAAGCUUUGCUGAUCAUUGGAUGCAUGUGGGUUAUCUCGGCGAUCUUCAUGGGUCCUCUUUUGUACAUCAGGGAUGUCUCCGUCGUCGAGAUGCCAACUCUCCCUCCUCUAACGUUCUGCAUUGAAGACUGGCCCCAGGACCGAGAUCGCGAAGCAUAUGGCCUUUUUCUGCUUUUCGUAGUAUUUCUGAUUCCUGCCGGGACGCUUGCCAUAUGUUAUGUCAACGUCGGGAGAACGCUUUGCACUAAUGAAAUACCACGUGAAGGAUCAGAUAGCAGUACGCGUGGACUAUUUUCCCGGAAGCGGGCUGCGCGCAUGCUCAUUAUACUGGUGAUUGUGUUCAUGGUGUGUUGGCUUCCAUACAACAUCGCGUCGCUGUUCUCCGAUAUGACAGACGGUAGUCAGCUGUUAUAUAUAUUGUUUUUCUCCCUCUGGCUUGGACAUGCCCAUAGUGCAAUAAAUCCAGUCAUGUUUUGGCUUUUGAACAGACGCUUCCGGGAAAGAGUUCGAGGAAUGAUGAGAUAUGUUCAAAAAAGUAGCUGCGGUUCUGCUACCGCGCAUUCUCUACCGGAAUAUGUAUAAAAAGACAAUUCUCAUAUAUCAAAAGUACGUCCAUAUAUAAAAUUCUCCCGGUGAAUCGUCUCGUCAUUUGCACACAUCCGUGUGUUUGCUUUACUGUUAUAUUUGGACCCGUAUGCUUUCACGUUUUAUAGAACAAUAUUGCCUAAACAAAAAUUAUUAUCAAAACCGAGGUGCUUUUACUUUUUGACAACGAAUUGCUUUAAGUCAUAGUUUCUGAGAGUUUAUUUCCAAAACAUAUUUCGUAAUAAGUUUUACGUUUCGUUAAAAAGGAUCUACCAAGGAGGAGAACCAAUUACCGGCGACCGUACUUUGAUGGCCCCUGGCACCAACGAUAAAGUAUUCUAUAAUGAGUUCCCUGUGUUAUUGUAUAUGAGGGAAGGACAAAGAUGUCGGUUGUCUGAGAAUUCCUGACAAUGUGGAUGAUCAGUGUACGUUUUUCUUAUUUAAGAUGACCUCGAGCAAAAGAUGUCAGUAUGUCAGCUCAUCGCCAAUAUAUAGAAAAAUAUUUAUCAUUUACAAUCUUAUCUGAAAACAGUACAUGAUAUGGAAUGAAAAAGCAGAUAGAUUGUUGCACCUGCCACGUGACAAGUUAUAUGUGUUUAUAGAAUAUAUUUACUUGAUCUAUAUAUAACCAUACCUUUACCACGCAUGUGUGAUAAUGCCGCUGUACAUAACUUUGUAUUCAUCAUACUUGCAUGAAUAAUGAUAUAAACAUGCUAUGUGUUAAAGAAAAAAAAUUUGUACAAGCAUAGUCAUAAUAGUACAUAAAUGUUUAUAGUACAUGUGAAUAUAUAUGUAUAGAGAUGUAUAUUUCUAUAAUGUAAAUCGGACUCUGUGGGUAUAAUGGUUAAAAGUUCA